AAUCUGUGAUAAUAUUCUCAAAUGGGUAGACGUCAAAUCUCAAAUUUGUAGCUCGUAAUUUCCUUGUCAAUAUUUUCCUUCUUCAAUGCACCCUAUUUUAAGUUGAAAUAGAAUAACUGAAUUUAGCCAUGGUGCAAUUAUAUUGCUUAAGUAUUUUAUAUAAAGAUCCUACUAGUGCAAAAUGGUUGAAAUCGGCCUUCGACCUCCAGAAAUUUGGUUAUUUUCAAAAAGGUUCUGUUCAAGAAUUCAUGACGUUUUUUUGUAAAACCAUCGUAGAACGUACUUCACCCGCAUCUAGACAGUCGGUUAAGGAAGGAGAAUAUAUGUGUCACGUCUAUGUAAGAUCAGAUAACUUGGCUGGAGUAGUGAUUUCAGACCAUGAAUAUCCUUCUAGAGUAUCUCAUACUCUUCUUACUAAAAUUUUGGACGAAUUCAGUCAAAUAUAUCCCUCCAAUUGGCCAAAUUUAACAGAAAAAGAUGUAUCUUAUCCACAGUUGAAUCAGCAUCUUGCCAAAUACCAAAAUCCAAAAGAAGCAGAUGCUAUGACCAAAAUACAAGAAGAUUUAGACGAGACAAAAAUUAUACUGCAUCACACUAUAGAAGCUGUUUUGCAAAGAGGGGAAAAAUUAGAUGAUUUAGUUGCUAAAUCAGAAGGUUUAAGUAUACAAUCUAAAGCAUUCUAUAAGACAGCAAGAAAGACUAAUAGUUGUUGCUCAUUUUAACAGUAUGCUUUUUUUUUUGUUUCUGAAUUGAGGAAACCUUGGGAAAAUGGAAAUGAAAAAUAUUUUCAAUUCUAGAUAUGCUAACGAAUAUAAGUGUUGAAUUUUUAUUGUAAUUAUUUUUCUUAUGAAAGAGGAUAACAAUGACUUAACUUAAUUUCAUUUAAAAAUUUAAUUUGCAAUGAUUUCAUUAAAAAUAAUUAGAGUUAUUGAAGAAGAAAUAUAUCCUCCUUAACCAGUUGUUAUUUGAUGUAUAAUUGUAUCAAAGAGUAAUUGUGAUAGCUUAUAAGUGAAUUUUUUAUUUGCAAUUUCAGUAUACUAUAGUGUAAAUUAUUGUCUACUACGUGUAAAUUUUAGGUGAAUAUUGUCUAUCAUUUUUAUAACCUUUUUGUGAACAAUAUAUAUUGUGUGAAACGAUA